AAAAAGGAGAGCGAGCACAGCAGAGCAGAUAGGAGCUGUGGGAGGAAGGAGAUGUGACAGGAGGACUUUAAAACAGAAGCUCUCAGGACUACGACAGAGCACAGAAAGGAAAGUGGAUCAUAUUUUGCUGCACAUUUGGAGAUUUUAGCGGCGGGAUACGUGGUGCGGGCUGUUACGCACGACAGCGUUUCCCUGCGGUAAAACCAAGCCGGAGUUUUGUGGACAGGAGCUGCACGGCGUUGCCUGCUCUUCCUCUUCAGAAAGGAGUGUUUAUAGCGGGGAGGUUUACGGAGCAGCACACUGAAGGCACAGAGAAGGAGUUGGGAUGUCCUGAGUCAGUUCUGCGGGCCCAGAGAGCGGUGUGCUGAUGGGACCUGCUGCGCCACCAUGAGUUUACAAGAUGGCGGCUGCAGCUACGCCAGCAGCGCCAACAUGGCCACCGCUUGUGGCAGCAUGCGGCGGCGCCUGGAGGACCAGGACUUCAGCCUGCGCGUCUAUCCUGGAGCCCUGGCUGAGGGAACCAUCUACUGCCCCGUCAGCGCACGCAAGAACACCACAGCAGCUGAAGCCAUCGAGUUCCUCAUCCAGCGGUUAUGCCUAGAGCGGACCAAAUGCUACGUGCUAGCUGAGGUGAAGGAGUUUGGCGGGGAGGAAUGGAUCCUAAACCCCAACGACUGCCCUGUUCAGCGGAUGAUGCUGUGGCCUCGCACUGCCCUGGAGAAUCGCUCCAGCCUGGGCAGCGGCGAGGACUACCGCUUCCUCCUACGGGAGAAGAACCUGGAUGGAUCUAUUCAUUAUGGCGGCAGCCUGCAGAUGUGGCUGCGGGUGACUGAGGAGCGGCGGCGCAUGGUGGAACGGGGUUUCCUCCCUCAGCCUGCAGGGAGUGACCCACCGUCCGACCUCUGCGCUCUCCCGGAGCUUACAGAGCGCGCCCUGUUGGAAAGCCUUCGAGCACGCUUCCGCCAGGAGAAGAUCUACACUUACAUUGGGAGUAUUCUUAUUGUGAUUAACCCCUUCCAGUUCCUGCCAAUCUACAAUCCUAAAUAUGUCAAAUUGUACGACAACCACACACUUGGGAAGCUGGAGCCUCACAUUUACGCCGUGGCAGAUGUGGCUUAUCAUGCUAUGCUGCAACGACGGAAGAACCAGUGCAUAGUCAUCUCUGGUGAGAGUGGGUCAGGGAAGACCCAGAGCACCAACUUCCUCAUUCAUCACCUGACGGCGCUCAGCCAGAAGGGAUUCGCCAGCGGAGUGGAGCAGAUCAUCCUGGGAGCGGGGCCUGUGCUGGAGGCCUUUGGGAACGCUAAAACCGCCCACAACAACAACUCCAGCCGCUUUGGAAAGUUCAUCCAGGUCAACUACCAGGAGAGUGGCACCGUCAGGGGAGCGUAUGUGGAGAAGUAUCUGCUGGAGAAAUCCCGUCUGGUGUAUCAGGAGCACAAUGAGAGGAACUAUCAUGUGUUUUACUACCUGUUGGCCGGAGCCAGUGAGGAUGAGAGGAAGUCCUUCCACCUGCUCAAACCUGAGGAAUACCACUACCUCAACCAGAUGACAAAGAAAUCUCACAAACUGCACUGGGACAAUUACUAUGAGAGCGACCUGGACUGCUUCACGGUGGAGGGAGAGGACCUGAAACACGACUUUGAGCGGCUGCAGCUGGCGAUGGAGAUGGUCGGCUUCUUACCCACAACACGAAAACAAAUCUUCUCCCUGCUGUCUGCAAUCCUCCACCUGGGAAACAUCCGCUACAAGAAGAAGACCUACAGGGACGACUCCAUCGACAUCUGCAACCCAGAGGUCCUGCCCAUCGUCUCUGAGCUGCUGGAGGUCAAAGAGGAGAUGCUGCUCGAAGCCCUGACGACAAGGAAGACGGUGACGGUGGGAGAGAGGCUCAUUGUACCCUACAAACUGGCUGAGGCGGGCACGGUGAGGGACUCCAUGGCCAAGUCUCUGUACAGCGCGUUGUUUGACUGGAUCGUGUUCAGGACCAACCACGCUCUCUUAAACAACAGGGACCUGGAGGACAAUUCAAAGAUUCUGUCCAUCGGAGUGCUGGACAUCUUUGGAUUUGAGGAUUAUGAGAACAACAGCUUCGAGCAGUUCUGCAUCAACUUCGCCAACGAACGGCUUCAGCACUACUUCAACCAACACAUCUUCAAAUUAGAACAGGAGGAGUACAGGGCAGAGGGCAUCACCUGGCACAACAUCGAAUACAUCGACAACAGCGGCUGCAUCAACCUCAUCAGCAAGAAACCCACGGCGCUGUUCCACCUGCUGGACGAGGAGUGCAAUUUCCCUCAGGCUUCCAAUCAGACCUUGCUGGACAAGUUCAAGCGUCAGCAUGAAGGAAACAGCUACAUCGAGUUCCCCGCUGUCAUGGAGCCCGCCUUCAUCAUCAGACACUAUGCUGGGAAAGUGAAGUACGGAGUCAAGGACUUCAGGGAGAAAAACACCGAUCACAUGCGUCCGGACGUCGUGGCUUUGCUCAAGAGCAGCAAGAACGCCUUUAUCUGUGGCCUGAUGGGAAUCGACCCCGUGGCCACUUUCCGCUGGGCCGUGCUGCGAGCUUACUUCAGAGCCCUGGUGGCUUUCAGGGAGGCCGGCCGCAGACACACACACAAAAAAACUGGGAACGAUGCAGCCGUUCCCUGUUCUGUGGUCAAAACUGUCGACAGCUUCAGUUUCCUCCAUCACCCGGUUCACCAGAGGAGCCUGGAGAUCCUUCAAAGAUGCAAAGAUGAGAAAUACAGUAUCACUCGCAAGAAUCCUCGCACUCCUCUGUCAGACCUUCAAGGCACCAACGCCCUGAAUGAAAAGGCCAGCUGGGAUGGCUUUGGUGUUGGCUGUAACGGUCGCAGGUCUGGUCGUCUGUCUUCGUCAGGAAGUCCCGCCCUGGAAGAAGAAGGGAUCUUUAUCCACUCGACCAGCAGCAAACUGCUGGAGAGAGCUCAGGGCAUACUAAUGAGAAACAAAAACUGCAAAAGCAAGCCCACUCUUCCUAAGCACUUGUUGGACGUGAAGUCUCUGCGCUACCUGAGCAGCGUGACGCUUCAUGACCGCAUCACCAAGUCUCUGCUUCACCUGCACAAGAAGAAGAAGCCACCCAGCAUCAGCGCACAGUUUCAGGCAUCCCUCAACAAGCUGAUGGAGACUCUGGAUCAGUCAGAGCCGUACUUUGUCAAAUGUAUUCGCUCCAACGCUGAGAAGCUGCCGCUGCGUUUCAACGACAGCCUGGUGCUCAGGCAGCUCCGAUACACAGGAAUGCUGGAAACCGUCCGGAUCCGACAAUCAGGAUACAGCAUCAAGUACACCUUCCAGGACUUUGUGCAUCACUUUCAUGUGCUGCUGCCUCGAGACACAAAUCCAACCAAGUCAGGAAUCAGGGAGUUUUUCAGACGGAUCCACCUGCCUCCCGCUGGGUAUCAAGUGGGGAACACCAUGGUGUUCCUGCGAGAGGCGGAGCGUCAGCGUCUUCAGACAUCCCUCCACCAGGAGGUCCUACGGCGAAUCGUCACGCUGCAGCGCCGCUUCAGGGCGGUCCUGGAGAGGAAGCACUUUGUCGACAUGAGGAGAGCCACCUGCGUCAUCCAGAGGUGGUGGCGGUUUUGCCUCCUCAAAGAGUCCACCAUGGAGUCGAGUUACGAGGAGGGGGCCGCGGUGUGUCUGCAGGCGGCCUGGAGGAGCUACAGGGAGCGCAGGAGGUUCCUGCAGUGGAGGGACUCUGUCAUCAUCAUACAGAGGAGCUGGAGGUGCUGCAGGCACCGCAGAUCUCUGGCGGCUGUGACGGUUCAAGCGAGCUGGAGAGGAUUCAGGGAGAGGAGGAGAUACUGUUACACGUACAGGACGGUGACGCAGCUGCAGGCGGUGGGCCGGGGAUACAUGGCUCGACUCAGGUUCAGGGAACUGAAGGAGCAGCAUGAAAGACUCAGAGAACAGAGUCCUCCAGCAGAGAUGGAUGAAGGAACCAUGGAGGACCUCACCUCAUCGAUACAGGAGGUUUGUGUCCAGGACAUCUCUGUAGAAAUCUCCGAAGACUCUCAACCUGUCCUGUUUGACGUGGGAGAGACAGAGAGAGAGGACGACUCGGAGCGAAGCAGAGGAACGGACGAGACGAGUCAUAAGAACCGAUCAAAACGAGAAAGCAGACGUAUGAGAGAGCUGGAGCAGGCUCAGUUCAGCUUAGAGCUCCUCAAGGUCCGAACCGUCAGCAUGGGAGGUCCUGUGCCGGAGGACGUAGUCCCAGACAACAGACACUCCCCCCGAGGGUCUCCAGCCAGUCAUGGAAGUUUUGAGCUGCUCAGUGUGGAAGACAUGGAGACUGAGUCGACCGCACCUCAAGAACAACCCCAAACUCUGAAUAGUCAAAUCAAUGCCGGGCUCAGAGAUUCAAACUUUAACGAAAAGCCUGCAAUGGAGUACCAAGGCAAGGAACAGAGUCCAAGGGCGACAUUUUAUAUCGCAUCUGACCAAAGUCCGGUUCAUGAACCAACAUUUGAAAGCCCAAACAAAUCUUGCAAAGACAGAAGGGAGUCCACAUCCCGGAGGCCUGUGGUGGUGUUGAUCAGUAUGCAGAAGGAGAGUCCUGUGGAGGAGGGGGAGCUGCUGGCAGCCCAAACCCUGGAAAAAGCUCUGGAGACUGAAGCAGCAUCAUCCAGUUCGAAAAUAACCCCUGUCAAAAGCCCGGAGGUAUCAUCAAAGGUGGAAAAACCUCAUGGGAUCCCUACCAAGGCAAAUAAAGGUGCAUCAGAGCAAGUCAAAUCUUCAAGGGCUUCUGCAGAUGUAACGGGGAUUAGCUCCUCAGAGGUGGACAUCCAGAUCGUCCUGGGAGCAAAAGACGGCGUCCCGGCUGUUCUGCCAAAGCAGCAGCAGGAGAGGAAGACGUCCAGGCCUGCGAAGGAGGCUCCCAGUCCCGUCCUGGAUACCAAACCUCCGAAAGCUCAGAAGAAGAGCUCCGCCCAAACUGUGAUCGUGAACAUGGUGGAGAAACCCUCCAACUCGGUGUUCUCUCCGCCCAGACGCAAACUGCCCUUCUCCAAGUCAGAUAAAGAUUUGGUGAACCAGGAAAGAUCUCUGGCCAUGUUCAGAGACGACUCCAAAACACCAGGCUCCAGAAACAGAGAGGGUUCUCACAAAGACCAGAAGAAGAUCCAUAAGACCAUGUCGUCAGGAGACCUGGGCAAGGUGGAGGUGCUCAGGAAAACCUCCAGUCAGGAUGGAGGCAUAAUGAGAGGAAAGAUGAGAUUCUGGAGUAAAUCGAAGCACAGUGAGAAGAAACUGUCGCGAGAGAAGCAGUCCAGCAGGAGUGAAGCUGGAGAGACACAUGAAGGCCCCUCUCCUCCUCACAGCCCUGACUUGGAGGCGGCUCCUCCUGAGGAGAUGAGGAGGAGACGUCGCAGCCUGAAGAUCGGAAGCAUCACUCUGGAGCCGUCUCAGUGGCAAAACGACGCGCUGCACAUCCUGACGUCUGCACACGACUACCGCACCAUGAACGACUUCCUCAUGAAGAAGAUUGCAGACCUCGAAUCUGUGGAUGGAAAGAAUGACACCAUGGUGGAUGUCGUCUUCAAGAAAGCGCUGAAGGAGUUCAGGAUCAACAUCUUCAACUCCUACUCCACAGCUCUGGCAAUGGACGACGGGAAGAGUAUCCGUUACAAGGAUCUGUACGCGCUGUUUGAGCACAUCCUGGAGAAGUCGAUGCGCCUGGAGCAGAGGGACUGGAGCGAGUCCCCGGUGAAGGUGUGGGUCAACACCUUCAAGGUGUUUCUGGACGAGUUCAUGACCGAGUACAAGCCCAUGGAGGGAACGAUUGGCAGGGCUCCCAAACGUGAACGCAAGAAGUCAAGGAAGAAGGAAACUGACAUUGUGGAAGAACACAACGGCCACAUCUUCAAGUCCACACAGUACAGCAUCCCCACAUACUGCGAGUACUGCUCCUCCCUCAUCUGGAUGAUGGAUCGAGCCUGCGUCUGCAAACUGUGUCGCUUCGCCUGCCACAGGAAGUGCUGCUCCAAGAUGACUACCAAGUGCAGCAAAAAGUACGAUCCGGAGCUGUCGUCUCGGCAGUUUGGUGUAGAGUUGUCCCGUCUGACCAGUGAGGAGCGAGCUGUGCCCCAGCUGGUUGAGAAACUCAUCAACUACAUCGAGAUGCACGGACUCUACACAGAGGGCAUCUACAGGAAGUCCGGCUCCACCAAUAAGAUCAAAGAACUCCGACAGGGGCUGGACACAGAUGUGGACAUCGUGAGCCUUGACGACUAUAACAUCCAUGUCAUCGCCAGCGUUCUCAAACAGUGGCUCCGUGACCUGCCCAGCCCUCUCAUGACGUUUGAGCUGUACGAGGAGUUCCUCAGGGCCAUGGGUCAGCCAGACAGGCGGGAGGUGAUGAGAGGAGUGUAUUCUGUGAUCGACCAGCUCAGCAGGACGCACCUCAGCACACUGGAACGCCUCAUCUUCCAUCUUGUCAGAAUCGCCCUGCAGGAGGACACUAACAGGAUGUCAGCCAACGCCCUCGCGAUUGUGUUCGCCCCCUGCAUCCUCCGCUGCCCUGACACCAUCGACCCGCUGCAGAGCGUCCAAGACAUCAGCAAGACCACAGCGUGUGUGGAGCUGAUCAUCAAUGAGCAGAUGAGCAAAUACAGAGCUCGUCUGAAGGACAUCAGCAGUCUGGAGUUUGCAGAAAGCAAAGCCAAGAGCAGACUGACCCACAUCAGGAAGUCCAUGAAACCAGUACUAAUUGCUGUUAGGUUUAUGAGCAUAACCCGCACUGCCACCCCGCCUAACACAGCUAAACUUAAGAGCAAAAGUCGUGUUCGGCAGAGCAGCACCCACACACCUUCUCCUCCUCUCAGCCCCAAGGUGCCCUCUGUGGUGGAGGAUGAGACUGCAGGAGGAGGAGGAGGAGGAGGUGGAGGAAGUGGAGGAGGUGGAGGAGGAGGAGAGGAUGCAGCAGAGGCGGGGCUAAACGAGCAGCAGCAGCAGGCAAUUCAACAGGAGGAGCGAAUCCUUAACGAGCAGAUUGAGAGUCUGCAGAAAGAGAAGGAGGAGCUGACAUAUGAGAUGCUGAUCCUGGAGCCUCGGGCAUCCGACGACGAAACUCCUGAAUCUGAAGCAUCCAUUGGCACAGCGGACAGCUCGGAGAACAUCACCAUGGAGAUGGAGGGAGCCACCUCAGACCCCUCCGAGCAUGGUGCUUUUCGAUCCAGAAAGUCAGAUGGAAAGGGCAGAAGAGCUCUGCGCCGUCAGCCCGACUCCCAGGAUUCUGCUGACUCCACCUCCACCCUUUCCUCUUCCUACCACCCCUCCUCCUCUCUCUCCUCCAACGCCUCCGGCUCUCCUUCCCCUCACUAUCGCUUCCGCUCCUCCUCCUCGGGGCCCCUUCUCACCUCCUGCGGUCUGGGGGCCCCGCUGGCGGAGGCGGAGGGUAGCCUAAGAGCAGGUAAGACCCGCCACAGGCUCCGACUCAGCCGCAGCUCACCGCGCGAGCCCUCAGGGAGCCACAGGAGGGAGUCGGACUUCGGCUCGGGGCCUCAGCAGCUGGUUCUGUACGGCAGCAACGAGUUCAUGGUGUGAAGACGAGGAGGGACGGAAAAGCUGAACGAGAGGGAGAGGAGGGAGAGUCCGGGGUGUAAAGAGGCUGGUCAUGGGGCGAGGCUUGGUCCCCUCCUCGGUGUCUGCGUCCCCCCCCUCCUUUCCUGGUCCAAAGGAAGACACAUAGGGAGACAAAAAUUGACGACUAAUGUGAACACAGUGACCUGAAAAGAUGUGGUCGGCCAUGUUUGCUGCCCUUCUGAUCUCAGUUCGCUGUUUGACCCCUGCUGGAGUCCAGGGGGUCGGCUGGGGGAGAGCGAGAAGAAGAAGAAGAAGAAAAAGAAAAAGACGAGCGAUGAGAAGCUUAGAAACCCCCACACCUGCAAAGCCAAAUCUUAUCGUGCCCCAAUCUUUCUUUUUCUAGCAUGUGGGCAGUCACCCAGAAGAAAUGUAGCCAUACUGACUGACUCACUGACUGAACUGGCGGACAUUUUUUGUCUGUGACCAGCGCCAAGCUAAGUCUGCUUUUUCACGUUUACACGGGACUCACCAGCCAAGAGGCUGCAUGCUACUCCAUCACAUUUUUCCUACGUCAGUUUGAAGAGACUGUACAGAAAUAUGUUACAUCUGUAUGUCACAUUAUUAUUAUUCUAAUUAUUAAUAUUAUUAUGUUACAGAGGAAAAGAGUGUACAUAGAAAGAAAAGUCCAGUGCUGCUCCUGGGUCGUUCAUUGUCUCUGUUUCUCUCUUAUGCAAAGUGACGUGUCUGGAAUUAGGUUCCACUUUUGUUUCUGUGCCGUUUUUCUUCUUGUUUUUUUCUUUCUGUUUCUCUUUUCCUAAUUCACAAUGAACAGAGCCAGUUGUACCUUUGAAAAAAAUAAUGGAAGGAGAAGCUGUGGAUGUGCGUUCACAGUGCUGCGUGUCGUCUGGUGUGACGUUUACUUGACCUAAGGAGUCAAAAGUCAAUCAGCCAUAAGUGUAUUGUUUCCGCCUUUCCCUGCAAGCUCGUUUUUUUUUUCUGUUUUUAUCCAGAAACAUCAGUGUUACUACAUCAGGACUUGAAUUUUUUUUAAAUAUAAAUACAUAUUAUUGCUGUAUUAUAGGUGUUGUUAUUGGUAUCAAAGAUGUCAUGUUUUUGCUGUCAACAUUGUUUCAUGGUUUAUUUUGCUCAGAUGAAAGCCAUUAUAGUCCUUCCUGUCUUCCUGUGUGUGUGUGUGUGUGUGUGUGUGUGUGUGUGUGUGUGUGUGUGUGUGGUGUGUGUGU